AGAUCAAAUUUGCUCAUAGUUGACAUCCAUUAAGAGUUUUUUCUUUAUAAAGUUUAAUACAGCAAGAUCUUCGCAACUACGUUUGCGAUGCAAAUGUCACUGAAUCUCAAACCAACAACCAAACCUGACAAUCAACGUGUCACCGACACUUAAGUGUCGGCAACGCAACGCUGCCUAGCUCAACCUUUCCUCAAACACCUGUCGUACACAAUAAAUUCCCUAAAAAAAAUUAAAAGAAGAAAAACAAAUCUUUCCAUCCUCAACAAAUCUCAUACAUUAAUUUUUAUAAAUUAUUCUCCACAUUUCCCUCCUCAUCAUCCAUACUAUUUCUUACCCAUAUCCAUAUUAGUAAUCUAUUUCUACAUUUUUUUUCUUUCUUACCCAAUUUUUUUUUUCCGGGCGCAUUGAGUUCGACCACCACCGCCAAAAAAAAAAGCUGAGGCAACGAGACGACGUCGUCUGAGUACAUCCAAACAUAAAAAUGGCGCCUCGUUUCUUCGCCUGCUUUGGGAUACGUGCCUCAUCAACCUCAGCGGUUGAGAGCAGAGGAGGUGGUGGCGGUGGUGGUUGUACUGCUGACAUGGCGGUGGAAGAGCAGCGGCGGGGUGGGACGGUGCUGGUGGAGUUGUUCUCGUCUCAAGGUUGUGCCACGUCGGAUGAGGCGGAGCUGUUAAUUUCCAGGCUUGGGAGAGGGGACUUCAAUGAGAUGGGCCUUCCGCCUGUGGUGGUUUUGGCCCAUCAUGUGGAUUAUUGGGACUAUAAGGGCUGGAAGGACCCGUUUGGGUCGAGUCUUUCUACGGUUAGACAAAAGGCCUUUGUGGAGGCCCUUAAUCUUGAUACCAUGUUUACGCCCCAGGUGGUGGUCCAGGGUACGGCCCAUUGUGUUGGGAAUGACGAAGAUGCUUUGCUGGGUUUGAUUAAGGGUGCAGUUAGAUACCCUGCUCCCUCGUUCCAGGCAAAUUUCCAAAGGCAGAAAGACACCUUGCAAGUCUCUCUAUCAGGAGCAUUGAGGACAAAGAUUGACAGCCAAGGCGCCAAUGUGAUGGUGGCGUUAUACGAAAAUGGCUUGGUAACUGACUGCCCGAGGGGGGAGAACAAAGGCCGCGUCUUGUCCAAUGAUUUUGUGGUAAGACAAAUCGAAAAGCUUUGUACUGUGAAAGAUAUCUCAGCGAAGAAGUCGGUAUCUGGAACAGUUGAUUUCCCUGUAUGGGAAGGAUUCAAUGGAAGCAAAUGUAGCUUGGCUGUGUUUGUUCAGAGCACUUCUCACCAAGUCUUUGGAUCCCAGAACAUUGAAUUACCAAACGACAUGUGAGAUUAUCAUGUCCAACUCUUUUCAUAUAUAGGUCAUUGUUAUGUACAGGAUCACGUGUUUCUCCUUAGGAUAUUGAUUUUUUUUUAUUGUUAUUUUUAAUUCUCUUCAUUAUGUUAUUUUGGAGAUGGUGAGGAUGAUGGUCUAUCCAGAUUUGGUUGGUUUAGGGUAGGGGAUGGAAAAAGGAAUUCGCAUUCUUGAUACUUGAGAUGUGAUUUCAACCGCAAUUGUUUUUUUCCCCUAAAGUUGAAGAUUAAUGAAGAAUUGAGAUACACUAGUCA